AUGGAAACAAGAAUACAAGCAGAGGAUUCGUUCGAAACUCCUCAUUAUGCAUUGCCCACAUAUUCCUUUUUAAUGAAAAGUACAUGCGGUAGUCCACAGAGCGAGAACAAAAGAAGCAGCCCAGAAAGACUUUCACCAAAAGCAAAAGGCUAUGAUUCUGAUUAUGAUCUAACAAUCGCCACUUCAAAAUUAAAUGAACUUAGUUUCAGGGAAAAUAGCAUACGUGGAAAGCACAAGAACGAGAAGUUCUGUAAACAAAAAGCUAAUGCUACCGGCAAGGAGAACGGUUUAAAGAGAAAACAAAAUAUAGUCUAUGAAGAUAGCCUCCAUGAUACAAAAACUGAAGUUAAACAGGUUUCAACAACCCAAAAUGAAAUUUCUGAUACUGAAAUGAACGGUAAAUUUACAUUUUCGGAAAGGAGCAAACAAAGUGCUGUAUUUACUAAACAAGCACCAGACUUUGAAACAGAAUAUCCUAAUAUUAUAGGUAUUGCAAAAUCACAAAUCGAGGCCUGUAGAAAAAUUCUAGGGGAAAAAGAAAAUAAAAUCAGUUUAUUACACUACCCACAAGAUUUCUCAACUAGAAAUAAGUGCUGCUGCUUAACAUGUUCUGUUAAUCCUGGUCAGUUCUUUGAUGUUCUUACAAAGUACAAGCAUAAAGGUAUUCCCCCUCAGGAAUAUACAAAAUUGCUUGAUUCGUAUAUAAUGCUUUGGAGAACGCUCAGAAAAUUGGAGCAUUCUGAUUAG